CCUCCACCUCCUCGCGCUCGCCUGGCGGUCCAAAGUGUUCGUGCACUGAUGCUCGGAGAAGCUGCUGCGCCACCGUGGGCACAAACAACUCUGAUUCCGAUUCCGACGCGUGGAAACCACUCGCCCGCAGCGCGCAAUAUGGGAAGGUGGCAGCUGCGGGGGGGCGAAGAGAAUCCGCCGUCGAAUGUGACAAGGCCCAGCCGCGCAUAUUGGCGGGAGGGGGAGUGGGAGACGCCGGGGGCGGCCCGAACCGGGAGCCGAGCGGGCAGCUGUCAGAGCAUGGCGGGGCCUCCAACCCGAGCUUUCGCGGGCGCGCCGUGAGGGCGCAUCCCGCGGCGCGGAGAGACGCCACUUCUUCCGCUGGUCUCUCCGAUCUGGUGUCCGCCGCGCCGCGGCUCCGCCACGCGCGCCGAGGCCGCUGCCCGGACCGCGGGGCCGCGUCUCCCCGAGAGAGGGGGGGCGCUGCUGCUGCUGCUGCUGCUGUGGCUUGCCAAAUGACGGAGGCCUGGAGGAACGGGCUGGCCUUAGUACCAUCGGUGCACCUGAAAAUUGCGAGGCACAGCAAACGGAGACCGCCAGAGCAGCAUAGCACCGUGGUUGAAACAUUUCAAAAGCGCCUCUGCGGGCACUCCUCACGCACCCCGGCAGUGGGGAACCCCACCAUGAUUCGUCUUCGUACUUCUGCUCAUGAAGCCGCCGGCUCGAAGGUUCCCCUCUGCCGCGGAACAGGGCGGCCUGGCCAUCAAGGGGCCUGAAAGCACUUCUGGCGCCCCGCGGGGAGCGAGAGCUGGCGAAAAAACGGAACGUGGCACAGCGCGAACGACGCACUGAAAACACCGCAUGGGCUCUCUGCUGCAAUUCCCAUUGCCGCUGGGUGCACGUACCCAGCGAGAGGGAUUUCAGAAAGAGGAGGAGAGGGGGGGAAGGGGAGAAGGUAGGAAAGGGGUAGGAGACAGAGGAAGCAGACAGGGGAGGGCGCGUGACCUAUACCAGCGCUGCCGACGCCCAGUGGCUAAAUACUGGAACCUGUAGGAAGCCCCAUAGGCGUGGAUGAGUCUGGUCGCUCCGCGCUGAUUCAGCACUGCAACAUCAGGUGAACGCACUGGAAAGCUACACGUCUAUCCUCCGGGCGCGCCGCAGGUGGAGCAGAAGGCGUGCGCCUGCUGACGAGCCAACGGUGCACACCCAUGCCCACAGGGGGGUCGGAGAGGGCUAUAUGGGCGCGUGUUGUCGAAUGGGGGGGCCCCCGCUCGAACGGGAGCGC